CUUUUAACUUCCAGCUCCCAUCUUUAUUUCCACCCAUCCCACACCCUUCUCUGGGUUAGAGGGUUUUGCUUUGACUGUGGGGUUUGCGCCGGAGAAAACUAGUGAGGAGGGGCUAAAGUAUCUCUUCUCCACUGGAAGUGGUAGACGACGAUUUGUGCUGGUUACUUGAGCUUUUAACUGGGGAUUUUUGAAUUCCCUUCUUUGGAUUGUCUGUCUGGACAAAAGAAGAUUUUUCUCCUUUGGGGAAGUCAGUCAGAGAAUAAGAGAGACAAGAACAUUUCCAUGAUGAGCUGGGGUGGCUUGCAGAUGGAGCGGGGUUAUAUUUUUGGAUUCUGUUGCCUAGUUCUCUUGGAUCCAGGACAGGUUUGGACUGGGAAUCCCAGUACCCAGAAACCUGAGCCAGAAGCGCAAAUUGAAGUCAACAGCAAUGCCAGCUUUGGCCCCACUUUGGAGGACACUGCUGUGGCCCCCACUGAGGCCAUACUUUGGGGGGAUCGGUGCCUUGGUUAUUACGAUGUCAUGGGUCAGUGGGACCCACCCUUUAACUGCAAUUCUGGGAUCUACAAGUUUUGUUGUGGGACCUGUGGGUAUCGCUUCUGUUGCCAGUUCACAACUGGGAGACUGGACCAAAGUGGCUGUACCAAUUAUGACAGGCCAGAAUGGAUCAACACAGGCCAACCACCACCUCAGGUGGACGAGACCCCCGAGAAUCCCACACGGGACAAGACCAACAUGAUUGUAUACAUCAUCUGUGGUGUGGUGGCCAUCAUGGUGCUGAUAGGAAUCUUUACAAAGUUGGGACUGGAGAAAUCACAGAGCCCCCAGGCAGAGAUGACCAUGUCCAGGACACUCACGGAUCUCCUGAAACAGCCAGGAGGACAUGGACCAUCUGACAUCUUGCCAGAGAGCCACAUUGGCAGUGUGCAGGUCCAGAUUGGUGAUGGGUUUUCUCGAUCUCCCAGGAAUAGCACAGACAAGAACCACUUGAACAAUGCCGUGGUUAACCCCUCCAGCGUCUCACAGAUUGGGCUGUCGCAUUCACACAACAACCGGCUGCAAAUGGCAAGCACGUUGCCACACCAAGCACCUGACUAUGCCAAGUAUGCAACUCUCAAGGCUGUAGAAAGUGCUCCUGAGGAAUUCUACAAGCGGUUUCCUGUGGUGGACAUGCCGCCAUCAGCCACGCUGUCCUUUCCUCCCCUGACGCUACACCAGAAAGACGUUUCUUCCUUUCAGGACGGCUGUGCUCUGAUUGGCUUGGCAACACCAGGACAGAAGGCCAAAGUGAUGAAAGCCAGUACCCACACACUGGCAGGCAGCCCGGCCUUCAAACCAGGGUGGGAUCCCAACCACCCCGACCUUCGACGGCAGGCCUACACCACCAAGCGCCAGUUCAGCAUCGAGAAACUCCCUGAGGUCUUCAGCCAGACGCCCACCCACUAUGCCCAGCAGCAGCGGCCCUUCUCCACCAACAGCAAGACGGAAGUCACCGUCUAGAGCAGACCUCCUCCUCAAUCUCCCCUCCCUUUGAAAUAUUCAAGCAGCCUAUGAGGUGCGGCCUGCCUUGUCAAGCUGGAGCACCUAGUGUUGACUUGGCAGAGCAGCUCCCUCCUCUUGGCUGGCACUGCUAGGUUCUGUGAGAGAGCGAGGGAAUUAGGAAGGAAGCUGAGGGAUUGCCUGCAGCUCCUAACAGAACUUGUCCAUUUGCUGUGGCCCUCUGUUUUCUGCAUCCUGACAGAACUCGGCCAGCAUGCAUGGUGAAACCGGCAUGCAUGUCGCUCCACAAUUUGAUGCACGACUCUUGUUUGUAGCUCACGUCUUCAUCACAUCGCACACCCCAGAAUGGUCAGC